AUGCUGUGUCAACUUCCUAAGCUUGCAGCGCAGUUAAUAAAAGAGCCAACGCGCGUUAAACUGUUCUCUAAACCGGACGGAGAUAAUCAACCUAGGCCGAAGUCAUCAGCGCUCUCGCUCCGCCAGUUCCCGCCCAGCAGCGGGUGCGCAGGCGCGGGGGAAGCGGCGACAGUCCGCAGAGGGGCGGGCCGCUCUGCGCAGAGCGCGCCGCCGCGUCCCGUCACGGCCAAGGGCGGCCCCGGUGUCCUGGCAACCGUUUCCCAGCCCCGUGCUGCAACCGGCAGGCCUUCGUCGCGAGACACAUCGGGCCAAGAAGUCCUGGCCAUGGCCGCCCCGAGAGAUGCGUCCUUUUCUGCGGGUGUGUCCUUCUCUGUGGCUGACUCGUUGCCUGAGACUGAGAAGAACGCAGGGGAGUCCGAGAACACCUAUAUUCUGCGGCCCAUUUUCCAGCAAAGGUUCCGACCCUCCGUGGUUAAAGACUGUAUCCAUGCUGUGCUCAAGGAGGAACUGGCAAAUGCUGAAUACUCUCCAGAAGAAACGCCUCAGCUCACAAAACAUUUAUCAGAAAGUAUUAAAGAUAAAUUAAAAGAAAUGGGAUUUGACCGAUAUAAAAUGGUGGUGCAAGUAGUGAUUGGAGAACAAAGAGGUGAAGGAGUAUUCAUGGCUGCUCGCUGUUUCUGGGAUGCUGACACUGACAACUACACUCAUGAUGUUUUCAUGAAUGACAGUUUAUUCUGUGUUGUAGCGGCAUUCGGCUGUUUCUACUAUUGAAUCUUUGAAAGCUGGGAAAAGAAAUGACCAUGAAGAAAUAUGAACUUUUUUAUAUUGUUAAAUUAUCUUGACAAAAUAAAGAUGAGUUGGCAGGUUGGCAACUGA